AUGGAGAAUUUACGGGACCCCGAAAGCCACGUCGCGUUCAUGAAGCUUUGCGCGAACCAUGUUCACUUUGCCAAACGAUGGCCGUUACAUAGGGGAAUGGUGCGGAUGGUGCAGCUGACGGCGCAACGCAUGGAAGAUCCGCUUCCGCAUGAUGUGGCACAUUUUCGCGACUUCGAGGAGCGAUAUUGGAGGCCCGACCACCGAGCCAGCAUCGCACCCAAGGCAAAAAGACUCCCCAGCCGCCCGUCCACCAAUGACCGCGCGACUCCCCGCAAACACCCAGUGACGGUGACCCAGCCAGGAUCUCCAGCCGAGAGCACCCUAAGCCAACUAGUGCGGGGUAACCAGCACCUGUGGUCGAUCGCAGCAGCACCAACCGCAUCAGCGUCAACCACGACAACCGUCAAGGCUGUGCACGCAGGGGAAGGGGAGGCGAAGAUGCAGGCGUACCAGCAGUACCAAAACCCUAUCAAGACCCAGACUCUUUUUGCGGGGAAACACGCGUACUCGCUAUCACAGAGAGUGUCUAUACGAUGGCCACCCGAGGAUCCGUACGAAAACACCGACACCACCGUCAUUAGCGUGAACAACUUCUUCGUGGAUCUGCGUGUCGAGAAGGCGACGAGGAAGCUAGACUGGGCCAUUGCCGGUGUGCGCCUCGUAGAUCCGAAUGACUCCAGAAGAGUCACCUUCCUGCACACCAUUAAUUCGCGCAACACCUUUCAACAUAUCGAUACCGGCCUGUUUUCGGCAUUGCCAAACGGCGACGAACUAGAAGUGGGCACCUCGAUUCGUCCAGGCGAUCCCGCAGGUUCAUUUCCGCGCCAGUACGAAGAAGUCUGGAGACCUCGCAAAAUCGUUCACGUCCCCGGGUCGAACAUAGCAUGGAUUCUCGAGGGCGCCGGCUCACAUAUAUCUCUGACACAGAACGCUGACGGCAUUGGGACAGAAGAGAGUAAGGAAGUGGAAACCUUUCUUGCUCGAAUAGGCGGAGUGUACAUUGCUAUCCGUCAACCUACUCGCAUUGUCGGAACCCUUCAGAUGAAUGGGGAAUACUCGUUCCAGAAAUUCGGAGAUGUGGAAGGUGUCAGUAUUCGCCACGAGGAAUUCGCUGGGAAGAGGGGAUGGGUUGAGAAAUUUGUCACGGGCCCUGAAGGCAAAGAAUUGCCUACUAUGCAGAAGAAUAAGAGUGACUUUAUACCGGCUUUGGAAGGCAAGGGAAACUGGAGGAAGCCAUCACAAAAGGUGACCAUUCGAGGGGAAGAUUAUGUUGUCCGCGGUUUUGCUGAUAUACCUUGA